GCCGUCGUUCAAUGACAAGUGACAUGCGUGCGACCUAACCUCAAAUCAGUCACCCCUUCGAAAAAUGGACUAUGUCGAGGAACAAAAAGGCGAGAUCGAGGCACUAGAAUCCAUCUACUACGGCGACUUACAAAUUCUAGCGACAGAGCCCCUUCACAAAUUCUCAGUCCCCAUAAAAUCUGAAGAGUACGACCCUGAAAUCGAAAACACCGGCCUAUCGUGCGACCUCGUAUUCACCUAUACACCGAAAUACCCGGAGGAGUCUCCUGAAAUUAGUAUAGAAAAUAGCGAAAACUUUGAGGACCAGUAUGAAACCGAAUUGCUGGAUUUUUUGCGGGAGCAAGUCCAAGAAAAUUUGGGGAUGGUGAUGAUUUUUACGUUAGUGUCGUCGGCGCAGGAGUGGUUGAACGUUCGGUUUGAGGAGGUGAAGAAGACGCGAGAUGAGGAGACUGCGAGGAAAUUAAAAGAGGAAGAGGAGGCAGAAAGGAAGCGGUUCGAAGGCACGCGGGUCACCGUUGAAACGUUCCUGAAGUGGAAAGUGAAGUUCGAGGACGAAACGGGUAUAACAAAAAAGCGUGAAAUUAGUGAAAAGGAAGGGAAAAAAUUAACGGGGAGAGAGCUGUUCAUGACUGACUACACGUUGAAUGAAUCUGACCUGAAGUUUCUUGAAGAUGGUGAUGCUGUUAAAGUUGAUGAAUCGUUGUUCCAAGAUUUAGAUGACCUGGAUUUAGAUGAUGAGGACGACGAAGACUUUGAUCCUAACAACUUCAGCGACGGCUCCACUGAUUAAUUUAAUUUUUUCUAUUAUUAUUAAUUGUGUAAGAAGUUUAAUUUUGAAAAUAAAUUUUGUCUUUUGCUAA